GGUAUGAGUGAGACGCUUGAGCGCCAUCCAUUUUCAGGGCUAGUACAUUCGGCUGGUGAUGGUGAAAAGCGGCCCUACCAGGGCGCGCUCCCAAACCCAGGCCCGAUGAAGACGAGGUCUACGAGACCAUGUCUCUGUGUCAGCUUCUUGGGGAUGUUGAGGCCAAUGUCCAUCCCUCAUAGCGAGGUGAAAAGUGGCCCGUCCGUGGCUUCACAUACAUGGACAUGCCCCAACAUUCUCAUCCACAGUUCCAUGAACCUAUUCAGAUGUAUCCGGGCCCCUCUCACCAUCAGUAUGUUGGCCCAGGGCCAUACUGCUCGCUCUGUCGUGACAGCGUACUGGGGUUGCCUGUGUAGAUGUAUCUGGGUCCCUCUCACCUUCAGGGUGUUGGCCCAGGACCAUCCCAGGUUCAGUAUCCCGCCCCAGGACACGGUGCCAUGUCCGCGUCCGACGACGAGGAGGUCUACGAGACCCCCAUUUAUCUGUGCCAGCUUCCUGAGUAUGUUGACGCCAAUACUCAUCCCUCAUAUUGAGGUGAACAGCGGCCCUGCCCGGGCGCGCUUGAUCAGGAACGGCGAGUGGGCCCGUGGUCAGCGUAAAGUCAGCCAAGCAGAAGAGAAGGGCCGGCGGAGCGGACUGAACAUCGAAUCGAACGCGGUAUCGAUGUCAUGGAGGCUGCACGUCGCUCUGUUCCGCGGUCAAGCGGCUGCUUUCAAUCUUCUUGAACUGGCCAAGCAGGCGACAUUCCUUUGCCAGGAUCCUGGUCAACUUCAUUGCCGAAGCUUAGCGAGGCCAUUGUCAAAGAUGAGGAAAUGGAAGGUGUCGUCAAGGAUGAAGAAACGGAGGAUGGAGCUAUUGAAGGACGAUGAUAUGGCAGUGCUUGCUGGCCACAAGGUUAAACUCGAAGUCGAAGACCCUGAUGAUGAACGACAAUAA